CAUCAAUUUUAAUAAGUUUUUCAGUAGUUUUAAUCAAUCAAAAGUACAAUUUAAAACAGUAUUGAAUCUAUUAGCUAUGGACAGUAAUCAGGAAAACUCCCAAAAUACGGAAAAUAAGAUAUCAAAAUCGAAUUGCUACUGUGGAAAGGAAAGAAACCUUAAUAUCAUUGAAGUAUCAUGUUCACAUUGUGGAAAAUUCUUUCAUGAGUCAUGUAUAGGCUACCAGAUGGGAAAACUUCUAGCCUUCUCUCAAAAUUAUCUUUUUACUUGUAAAUUUUGUUCUCCCACCGGACUUGAAAUUUAUAAAAGAAUUUCAUCGUCUCCACAGCAAAUGUGUAUUACUACAAUCGCUAAUCUUCAGAGGAAAUCUGUGAAAGAUGGAAAUCUUCGGUAUUUCUUCAGUAAAGAUAAAGAAAUUAUUCCUUUUAUUGAUGCUUAUUGGGAAUCAAUCACAACAAUUGCCCGCAAACAAACAACCGGCUGGUACGCAACAAUACUGAAAACUCUUCAAUCACACACAGAUCUUUUUGUCUGUCAAGAUAUCGAGGGUGAUUUAUCAUUCGGCUUAAAAAAUCCAGAUCUCGAAAUCAUAAAACCAUCCUAUGAAAAAUUAAAUCAAAAAGACGACGAUAAUUUAAUGGAGAGUUUUGAAAGUAAUCAAAAUAAAGUUGGCCGUCAACAAAAACGAAAGUUUACGGGUUUAAAUGAACCAGCAACGGGGCCGACAGGGAAGAAAGGUCGACCCAACUCAGAUAUCGGAGCCAUUGUGAAGUUACCAGCUCAUGGUUAUCCACUUGAACAUCCUUUUAACAAAGAUGGUUAUCGUUACAUUCUUGCUGAACCUGAUCCACAUGCACCUUUUCGUCAAGAGUACGACGAAAGUCCAGAUUGGGCUGGAAAGCCAAUUCCCGGUUGGUUAUAUCGAGUUUUAACACCAAACGCUGUUCUCGUUGCGUUGCAUGAUCGAGCACCACAAAUGAAAGCUUCUGAAGAUCGUUUGUCAAUAAUUGGAGAGAAAGGUUUUUGUAUGGCUCGUUGUACGCAUUUUGUCACUCGUGGUUCAUGGUAUUGGGAAGCGACAAUUGAAGAUAUGCCAGAAGGAUCAGCAACAAGGAUUGGUUGGGGACAAGAAUACGCAAAUCUUCAAUCGCCACUUGGCUAUGACAAAUUUGGCUAUUCGUGGCGGUCACGGAAAGGAACAAAAUUCCAUGAAUCGCAUGGGAAACAUUUCAGUAAUGCUUAUGGUGAAGGCGACACUUUGGGAUUUCUAAUUAUGUUGCCAGAACAGGAAGGCGCACGUUACAUCAAUAAUACUUUCAAGGAACGUCCACUUGUGAAGUUUAAAAGUCAUUUGUACUAUGAAGAUAAAGAUAAAGUCAGCGAUACGCUCAAGAAUCUUAAAAUUCAUCCCGGAAGCAAAAUUUAUUACUUCAAAAAUGGAGAAUGCCAAGGCUUAGCUUUCGAGAAUAUUUAUGCUGGCGCUUAUUAUCCUUCAAUUUCAAUCCAUAAAAGUGCUUCAGUCAGGUUGAAUUUCGGUGCGAAUGGAUUCAAAUAUCCUGACAUAUUAAACGAAUAUAAAUGUAAACCAGUAAAAAUAGUUUCAGUUCAGAUUUUAUUGUCAAAGGAGAAGCUUCUUGAAAUGGUUUCAGUUAUUUUGUUAGCUGUCGUUGUUAUUUUAUUUCUUUAUAAAACAUACAAAUAUGUGAUGUAUCGGCCAGAAAACUUUCCACCAGGUCCACCACGUUUACCAUUAGUUGGAAGUUAUUUAUUUCUCCUUAUGUUAGAACGGAAGAAUUUACACGACCUUGCUUUGAGAAUGUGCAAAUAUUAUAAAUCUAAUGUUAUUGGUUAUUACUUCGGAGGUAAUACAAAAGUUGUCACGGUGACAAGCUACAAGCUAGUGAAGGAAGUUUUGCAAAGGCCUGAAUUUGCUGGACGCAAUGAUAUUAUAGUUUUACGAUUACGAGAACGAAAUUUCAAAUUGAAAGGAAUGUUUUUUAUUGAUGGAGAUUUUUGGCGUGAUCAAAGGAGAUUUACUUUAAGACACUUAAGAGAUUUUGGAUUUGGAAGACGCUUCAAUGAUUUUGAAGCUGAAAUGCGAGAAGAAAUUUUGGAUUUCAUUCAAAUGAUUAAAGAUGGACCACGAUACAAGCAUGAAGAAAAGUUUAUGAAAGGAAAUGGCCGAUUAAAGUUUCCUUAUUCAACAACUGCAACGAUGACAAAUUGUUUUCUUCAAGUGUCAAUGGGUCAACGAAUAAAUAGAGAAGACCAAGCGAAGGCAUUUAAAGGAGCUUCUGGUUCUUUUGGAUUUAUAAGGAACACGGAUGAAUUAGGAAAUUUUAUUAGCAUUUUUCCUUGGCUACGUCACAUUAAUUCAAGAAUUUCAAAAUAUAAAAACUUGAGGGAUGCUUCUUUAAUACUUUACAAUUUCGUCGAAGAAAUUGUCAAGAGGGAAAUUGACACAUAUCAAGAUGGGCACACGAGACAUUUUAUAGAUGUUUAUUUAAAUGAAAUGAAGAAUGAAGAACAAAAAUUGAUUGGAUUUGAUUAUGAUCAACUUGUAAUGUUUUGCCUUGAUAUGAUUUUUCCUGCAAGUUCUACACUUCCAAUUGUCAUAAGCUUUUUAGUACGGCAACUUACGAACAGACCAGAAAUUGUUGCAAAAUGUCAAGAAGAAAUCGAUUUCAUUGUUGGAAAUGGAAGACUACCAGGACUCGAUGAUAGGGAUUGUCUUCCUUAUUGUGAAGCAACUAUUAGAGAAUCAAUGAGAAUGGAUACAUUUGCACCUUCUUCUGUGCCUCAUCGUGUUAUGGAGGACACAUAUUUAGAUGGAUUCUUUUUGCCUAAGGAUACAGCAAUCUAUGCAAAUAUUCAAUCCGUUCACAUUGAUCAAGCACUUUGGAAAGAUCCAGAAAAUUUCAGACCAGAACGUUUUCUAAAUCACCAUGGAAAAAUUAAUUUGAAGAAAGAUUUUUCUUUUCCUUUUGGAAGUGGAAAAAGGCUGUGCAUUGCUGAAACCUUUUCAAGAAACACAAUGUUCCUAUAUACUACAGCAUUACUACAAAAUUUUAAUUUCAAACCUGAUCCUGUUUUUGGAAUGCCAAGUCUGAGUGAAGAUGAGUGUGGCACUGGUUCAGUUCGUUAUCCUAAAGACUUUUGGGUGCAACUAGAACCACGAUAA